GUUGUUCACCGUGUGUGGGGGGGCGCGGGGGGGGGGGGGGAGCCCUUAAUAUCCAUAUAACAUAUAAAAAUCAUGUCUAGGGGAAAGCUCACUAUUUUGAUACAUAGAUAUUUUAAUUUGAUAAAGUCACGUCGCUAACGAAUGAGUUUGCUCAUAUACCUGCAAUAAAAUACUUUUCUAGUGUAUUUUAUCUCCCAAAAAAAGUUCACUCAUUAAUAAUUAAUCAACUAUUUCAAGCAAAUUUUUGCACUUUAUAAUGAACAAUACUUAUUUUUUCCUUGGUUCCACUGUUCUACUAAAAUUAAUUUUGAUAAGAUUUCAUAAAAAUCUAUGAAUUUAACAAUAUGAAUUUUAGCAAGAAGUUCUAAUUCAUAUGUGACAUAUGUCAAAGAGAUGUGUACUUUUUUAUGGUUAUUUUUGUAUUAGUAUAAGUUUUUCAACGAUUAUUUAUAUCGAACAAUUUUUGUAAAUCUCUUCUAUUGCUAGAAGGAAUUUACUCUACAUUUCCUAUUUUUCAAUGACUAUAAUUCAACUUACAGAAGUGUUGAACAAUGAUUGAUAAUGUGAAGAUCAACACGAGACAGAAGACACUAAAAAAAAAAAACAUGAACUGAUUGAUCUAUAACUGAGAUAACAUCUGUAACAGUUCAAAUAAUGAUUAUUAUUAUAUUAGUUCCUCGAACUGUCUGCCUAUACAAUAUUCUAGUGCUAAGUUUUUCUGAAUAAUUAUUCAUUUAAUUUUAAAAUUUAUAGUAAAUAUAUGAGUCAUUUCAAGUAAAACGAUCUUUCAUUUGACUUAAAUUCUUAACAAAAAUUAGUUUCCUGAAUCUCGAACUAUAUAAGAAAAAAAAAGAAUGAUUUUCUAGAAAUCCGGAAAUUCAAAUUUUUGUCUUAAAAAUUCUGAAGAAGUAUUUCGUGUAACUUAACAAAUGAUUUUGUUUAUAUGUUCAUCGGAGAUCAUGAGUUUGAAAUGAACAUCUUUAUUGUUUUUUUUUUGCUUUAUUAUAUUAUUCAAUCUUAUAAGAAUAUUAAAAAAAAUCAGUAUUUCAAUUUUACAAUAGAAUUUCUAAAUCGAUCUUUUUGUCAAAUCAUGUCAAUCAACUUUAUACUUUGAGCCGGAUAAAAAAAGAACGCAUAUAUCUAUAUAACCAAAGUAUAUAAUAUCCAUACAUACAUCCGUUAUAGACACUCUGUCUAUUAUUUUUGUUUUGUCUAUCGACAUUUCCCUAUAAUGCCAUUGCUAAUAAGCCAAAAAACAACAACAAUAGCAUUCUGUAAUGUUAUUUUAUUUUUAGACAAUUCAACAUAAAUAUCAAAUUGACACAAUAAAUUCCUAUUUGAUUAAACCAGUUCAACGUAUAACUAAAUAUGAAUUAUUACUUCAACGUUUAAUGUCAUGUUGUGAAGAAUCCAAAGGUGAAGUUAAAGAAGGUUAUGAUCUUAUGUGUAGUGUACCAAAAAAAGCAAAUGAUGCUAUGCAUCUUAGUUAUCUUGAAGAACUUGAAACUGGUUUAACAAAAGAAGCAUUAGGUGAUGUACUUCUUCAAAAUACAUUUCAAAUAUGGGAUUCAAAACAAAUAAUAAAAAAAGGAAAAGAACGACAUGUUUUUCUAUUUGAAACAAGUAUUGUUAUUGCUAAAAUUCUUAAACCAGUUACACGUGGAGCUGUUCGAUAUAUUUAUAAAUAUAAAUUAAUGACUGCUGAAAUCUUUGAUGUUAAAGAACAUUUAGAAGCAGGUGAACCAUGUAAAUUUGCAUUAUAUACAGGUCGUCCUAUGUCAUCCCAUACAGCUGAUCUUCGAGUAACACUUAAAGCAAAUGAUCUAAGUACAAAACAACAAUGGGUUAUUCGUAUACGAGAACUCAUUCAAGAGAAUGAUCUUUAUCAUGAUUUAUCAAUGCAUGAAACUAAUACUAAACAAACAUCGAUACAAAAUAAAAUUUCACAGCUUAUUAAUAAUAACCAGUCAGAUAGACGAUCACAAGAAAUAGCUGAUAAUGUAUCCGAUGAAUUUGAACAUAUAAGUCGUGGUGGAUCAUUAUCAAGUAUGACAACUGGUUCAAUUUCAAGUAGUGGUCAAUAUCAUCAAAUUCAACAGGUACAGAAAUUAUUAAAACUAGAAAAAAAAAAGAAAAGAACGCAAUCCUAUUGA